AUGGCCGAGACAACACCGACCGAGAACUUCUCGCUAGGUAGCUACAGAGUUUCUCUUAAGGAUCACACCUGUGACUGUGGCCACUUUCAGGCGCUCCAUUAUCCUUGUUGCCACACCAUUGCAUGUUGCGCCUACUCACUCCUUAAUUGGGCGUCAUAUGUUCACGAGGUAUAUCGUAUGAGUGAGGUGUUCAACGUUUACAAGCAGAAUUUUGUUCCGCCUAUCCCAGAAGGCCUAUGGCCCCCAUAUGCUGGGCUAACUAUCAUUCCUGAUCCUAACAUGAGACGUGCAAAGGAAGGUCGUCCGAAGGCAACCAGGAUCCAUGGUAGUAUGGAUCAAUCUGUGGAGAACCACUCGAAGCGCUGUGGGCUAUGCCGUCAGCCUGGGUAUACGUAG